GCCUCUUACACUUUUCUCGCUACUUCGUUAAGCUUGUUCGUACUUCGCCAUUUCAUUUUUCGUGCUCGCCACCUUGAAAGCUUACAUUUUCUGGUUCGACGGGAGGCUCGCAAGCGUAUUGAAGCUGGAGCACUUCGCUCCAACAUCAGGACAUGCACCCAGGUGUUGAGAUGCCUACAUGCAUCCCAUCAUUACCUCGCUAACCGACGGGUGAUGGUAGCAUUCUUCCUCUCUUCUCUAUCGGGCAAUCGAAUCGGAAAUCGGGUCAAAGAUUCUGAUGCAUCGCCAUAUAUAUAGUUCUGGUACGCCCUAUAUAACUACCAGGCUUCCUCGUGGAACCCCCUGCCUCGUCAAAGCACCCUUUCGUUUCCCAAGCGUUAUGUCUUUUCAAGAAAGUCAGAACAGAGAGCCGGACUUUCUCUCCAAACCUCCAUCUCCUCGUCGUCAGCUUCCUUCCGUGCCGCGCGAACGCCCCGUCUCGUAUCUAAGGCCCCUUCCUCCUGUCCCUCGAACUCUAUCUUGCAAGAGAUGUCACUCUAGAGUAACUUCCAUUAGUUUUCUGCUUCCUCUGGAAGCGAUACCUCCCAAUUCUCGUGCCUUCAGAGGAUUUACUGGCAAGGCAUCGCUCUUCACUGAAAUACAUCAUGUUCGGCUGUCAGCACCCAGAGUCAGACUUAUGGCAACUGGAGCUCAUACAAUGCAAGAGAUAACUUGCUUGCACUGCUCUUCCUAUCUUGGAUGGAAGAUCAGCCGUGCCCACGAUCGAUCUGAAAAAUGGAAGGAGGGCCAUUACCUACUCGAGCUCGAAAACCUUCUCGCCGAGAUGUCAUCUUCCCGCAUACGCGACGACAGUUCCUCGUCUGAUUCAGAUGACAGUAGCUGACAGGGCGGCUCUUUUCUUCGUAAUGAUGAACGACUUGGCUUCGCUUUGUAACAGUAGCGUGUAUUUCUAGGUUCGCCCGCGUCAUUUCUCUCCUUGUCUUCGGUUUCUCGACGAUGGCGCUGGAUUGUUUUUUCCACAUUGAGGUACCGUUUAUUUAUAUUUACGGCCUGGACUGCUGUAGGGCGUCGCUCCUUCGCAUUAUUCUUAUUACCUAUCAAGGGAAAAGUGGUCCCAUCAUACUAUUACUAGCUAUCGCUUCAAAUACGUUGUGUGAUUCGACUGCAAUGACAUGACCGUGUUUUCGUGGCGUC